CACAGGAAGUGCAUUUCUGGUGUUUCAGCCAAUCAGUAUGAUUUUCCCCUUUGUAAACCUUUAUCACCUUGUGACAAAUCUUCCAUUCAAGUGGAAAGACAUCAGUCGUGCAAGAGAAGGUGGCUGCACCACGAUGAUCGGAAGACUGGCUGCUUUGAUUCUGCUCUGUACUCUGUCUCACAGCGUAGACGUUCCUCGUCAGUUCCCUCUGACUGUGGCUGAACUCGGUGAUAAUCUGACUCUCACAUGUCCAGUUACUGGGAGUGAAUCUUCACUGUUUUACUGGUAUAAGAUGAAGUUUGGAUACAUGGUCCAAAAUGUUGCAGCAGGAAGUUCAUACAAAAUAUCACUUCAAGGACAGUUUAAGAACUCAAGAUUCAACCUCACCAAAGAUGAUUCUCUGCAUUUUCUUCACAUCACAAAUGUGAGCAAAGAGGACGAAGCGACUUACAUCUGUCAGUCAGGAGCAGCCUACGUAAUGAAAUUUACAGAUGGCACAGUUCUGGUUGUAAAUGAUCCUAAAAACCAUCAGAAAUUUAUCUCCGUGCAACAAAGUCCGGUGACAGCGUCUGUCGAGCCGGGCGCCUUGAUUAAUCUCCAGUGUUCGAUUCUCUCCAAGAAGAAAGAGAACAGAGUCCAGUGUCCAGGUGAACGCAGUGUGUUCUGGUUCAGAGCGGGAUCAGGAGGAUCUCAUCCGAGCAUCAUUUACCCUCAGAGCAACAGCAGCUGUGACCGAGAGGACAGGAGCUGCGUCUACAGUCUGUCCAAAACUGUCAGAGACUCAUCUGAUAAUGGGACCUACUACUGUGCUGUGGUCACAUGUGGAGAGAUCCUGUUUGGUGAAGGAACCAAAGUGCAGAUGAGAGAGGAUGUUUGCCCACUUGUCAUUGCACUCGGGACACUGUCGGCCUGCUGUGUGAUUGUGGUUGUUGUUGUAAUUAUCUCCAGAAGUCAUAAACCAGAUUGUAAACGCUGUAAAGCUUCCAAACAUUCUGAACGUGAUCGAACACCUCAGGAUCCACCCAAUGAUGUGGUGGUAAAUUCCACAUCAGGAGCUUGAUGGCAGCGCUGCUGGUGAGAGAAACGCUGGUAGUGCAGAAGGUAAGGAACAAAUAAAUGACCAAUGAGCUGAGCGGGACAAAAUUUAGGCCUGGGAACCAAUCACACCUCCAUCCGACAGUUCCUCGCCAGUUUAAAUGACAGGUGCGUAUCUUGAACAGAAAGAGACUUCAGGAAAAAGACUCCUGCUGUCCACCUUUUACUUGCAAUUUAGUUUAAUGACAAUGUUUCCAUACUUAGACCUUCAUCAGGUUAUCUGACUAAAAACACAACUAAAUCUUAUACAGGUUACACUGAAAAACCGAGGGUUAGAACAAACAUGGUUUGGGUUAAAAGAAGUACUUUCUUAAGGUGAAUGAACAUCCAUGGUCGUACUUCAACAGCUUGGUUCAGUUUCGGGACAAGUUAAGCUCAGGAGAAACUUUUCCCUCGACGGUCUGUGUUGUUGUGAGCUGAAAUGAUUUAACACUUUGGUGUUUGGACUCUUUAACGUACACUGGACCCCAAAGCUUUUAAAGGUUUCAUAACAACACUAUCCAGCAUUAAUCAGGUGUGGUAUUACAGCUCUGACGUAUAAUUUCCAGGGUGGUGAAGCGGUGGCACUGAACUAUGUCGCGCUGGAUUUUCCCUCAAGAAAGCGAGAGAGAUGGAUGAACACCAGGGACUCGUCACUGGACUGCAUGUACGCUGGUAUGAGCGACUGUCAGUGAAGAAUCAACAU